AUGUUGUGCUCCAAACUGCCUGUCUACAACACAUUACCAGGACUGCCUGUCUACAACACAUUACCAGGACUGCAUGUCUACAACACAUUACCAGGACUGCCUGUCUACAAAACAUUACCAGGACUGUAUGUCUACAACACAUUACCAGGACUGUCUGUCUACAACACAUUACCAGGACUGUAUGUCUACAACGCAUUACCAGGACUGCCUGUCUACAACACAUUCCCAGGACUGCCUGUCUACAACACAUUACCACGACUGCCUGUCUACAACACAUUACCAGGACUGUAUGUCUACAACAUAUUACCAGGACUGCCUUUCUACAACACAUUACCAGGACUGCCUGUCUACAACACAUUCCCAGGACUGCCUGUCUACAACACAUUACCACGACUGCCUGUCUACAACACAUUACCAGGACUGUACGUCUACAACACAUUACCAGGACUGUAUGUCUACAACACAUUACCAGGUCUGUAUGUCUACAACACAUUACCAGGACUGUACGUCUACAACACAUUACCAGGACUGUACGUCUACAACACAUUACCAGGACUGUACGUCUACAACACAUUACCAGGACUGUAUGUCUACAACGCAUUACCAGGACUGCCUGUCUACAACACAUUCCCAGGACUGCCUGUCUACAACACAUUACCACGACUGCCUGUCUACAACACAUUACCAGGACUGCCUGUCUACAAAACAUUACCAGGACUGUAUGUCUACAACACAUUACCAGGCCUGCCUGUCUACAACACAUUCCCAGGACUGCCUGUCUACAACACAUUACCACGACUGCCUGUCUACAACACAUUACCAGGACUGUAUGUCUACAACAUAUUACCAGGACUGCCUGUCUACAACACAUUACCAGGACUCUGUUACCUGUACUACGAGCUCUGUUACCUGUAUUACGAGCUCUGUUACCUGUACUACGAGCUGUGUUACCUGUACUACGAGCUGUGUUACCUGUACUACGAGCUCUGUUACCUGUACUACGAGCUCUGUUACCUGUAUUACGAGCUAUGUUACCUGUAUUACGAGCUCUGUUACCUGUACUACGAGCUGUGUUACCUGUAUUACGAGCUCCGUUACCUGUACUACGAGCUCUGUUACCUGUAUUACGAGCUAUGUUACCUGUAUUACGAGCUCUGUUAUCUGUACUACGAGCUCUGUUACCUGUACCCUAUGAGCUCCGUUACCUGUACUACGGGAGGGAUCUAG